AUGGACAUUCUUCAUCGAUGUCAAUGCAAUUGGUUACCACAUAUAGGAACGGAUGAGGUGUGGUCUAUUCAAAUCGCGAUUAGAUAUACACGUCGAUUAUUUCUGGAUAAAUCCCAUACUAGGUCAAACUGGAGUAGAUUGUUAGAUCCGAUUCACUCGAAUAUAAAUCCAACAAAAUUAAAUGCAUUAUUACGUUAUGCGACAUAUGAUAACCUAGCUGUAUCGUAUUUUAUUCGUCCAAUCUGUGGAAACUGGACAUAUGAAAAAUUUCGAACAACAUCCAUGGAAGAUCUUUUAACCGAUACAUCAUUUGAAACAUUUGCCGCAUUUCUGGACGAAGUAUUGGAUGAUGAUUCAUCACCCGGAUUUAUGGAAGAUUCUCAUCACCGAGAACGUAUACCAUCGGAAUUAAACCAUUUUCAAGAAAUAGAAAUAAUCGCUGGAGACGAUAUUCCGGUCAAUGAUAUCAAUAGUCAAAUGGGAGGAGUUGAUAACCAUAAUUUGGUUAUCGACGAGGUGGGAUUACUACCUACUCAACAACAGUUACCAACACAACCAACAAACAAGAAGCAACGUUCGGCAGCCGGAAAAAAGAAAAAAGAACAAAAGAAGAAACACUCGAUUGAGAUUAUCAAGAUACAAAACCUUUAUCAGCAGACCAUACUAUUACCGGUUUAG